UUAUACUUCACAGGCUGAGACUAUAAAAACAGAGUUGUACAGAGGCUGGUAACAGAAGACUUUAAACUCAAACUUUAACGUGAGACCUUACUGAGUUUGUCGUGACGUGGGACGAGAGGGAGGGGUUGUCAGGUCCAUGAGUGAGUUUGAGGUUUCAGGAGAGGCAGGAGAUGAGUUCCAGUGGUUCCAGGAAACAGGAAGUUGAGUGGUGGAGAGCGGGUUGGUCAGGGGUUUUGAAGUUGAGGCGAGCUGAGAUCCAGGUCAUUGAUGCUUAGAGGUGGCAGGAAAGAUGCAAGUACUUGGAAGCAUGCACAAAGAAUAGCCAUUAAAGGGAGACUGCAGUUGUCUUUUUAACAACAGCUGAAAUGUCUUCCCAGCCUUCAUUAGUGUCCACAGGAGCGAUUCAUCACUAAAUUUAAAAUAAAUCAGCUGUGUUCAUGAUCUGAAACAUGCAGGAAAUGUGUCUGACUGCAGCACCAGGUAUGUAAGCUCCAUUUUCCAACUCCAACAGACCAGACCAGGACUCUGAAGUUGCAGAUGCUGUAUUCUGGCUACAGAGGGUGGUGGGGAUCGCACUGACAUUUCAUUAACCUUAAGCAGGGGUAUUCAAUUCAUCCAGCAUGCUUUAGUUUUAACUCUAUCUCAACGUAACUGCUUUCAGUCAGCAGGUAAUUACGUUACAGGCUUCUGCAGAGCCUGAUGAACUGCUGCACAGGUGAUUCAACCACUGAAUCAAGUGUGUUGGAGCAGAGAAACCACUAAAACGUGCUGGAUACCAGCCCUCCAGGCACACACUGGCUCAAGAAAAUCAUUUAAAAAUAUUAAAAAGUUGCAAAGUACCCCGCCACAAGACUAAAACAAGCACAGAUUUGAGAGAGUGGCAAGAGCUACCCAAGGUGAGUAAUCAUCUGGCGUCAAGUGGUUUUCUCAGCCCUCCUUUCAAACUCUGACCAGAGAUGGGAUGAUUAGCAGCAGCUGGCCCACUCCCCAGACAGACUCAGAGAGGGUUAUGAGGAGGACUCACUCACCCUCAGACCAUGACAAAUGCACCGGGGAACUGGGUAUAUUCCCAAAUAAUCUGAUUACCUAUACAUAGUGUAACUCAUCUUCUGAUACAUAAAUCAAAUUUCCCCCAAAAUCUUCCUGGCAUCCAUGUGUCACUUUAACGUAUAAAAUUCUGCCUGAACCAAGUUUACCACAAUAAACAUUGCUAAUAUUUCAUAUAUUUUUUAAUUCUGUUUUAACAGAUACACAAACAUUCAAUCAUUGGUUCUUGUUGAAUGUAUCUAAAACUACAUAGAUUACCAGUAAAACUGUGAGCUCACACACUUUAUUGGCAAUUUACCACCAAAUUAAACAUGAAUGAAAAUAAAUAAACAAAUCACACAUCCUUAGGAUGUGUGUGGCAUUCACCUCUUCCAAACAAUAAAAGCUAAACAGAAGUUAUGGUUGCUCCAAGAGUUAAUGCUAACUGUUGGAGCUAAAUAUUUUAGGGGUGAUGGACAAACAAUUUUUGAUCUGAAGGUUGAUGCACCAAAGAAAUGGACUUAGUCCACAGAGAAAUACAGUUAAACAAAAAUAAACAUUAAUAAUAAGUAACAAACAAAACACAAUUGUUUUUUCUUUCUGUUUAUUUUAGAAAAUGUUACACGGGGUCUUCAAACUGACCUGAAAAAAGACAGCUCUAUUCACUUAUCCCCUCACAUACAUUACUAAUAUUUGCGCAUAAUAAUGAUAAUAAUAAUAAUAAUCAUCAUCAUCAUCUUACUUUGGGAACACACAGAUGCGCGUUCAUCCCGAACAGAUGCUCACGUUUGGAUUAAAACCGCCUAAAGGUGGAGCAAAAUAAAAUUGAGAAGGUUUUGUGACAAACGAGUUAAUCCCUACAGCUGUCGGGAGACGGGGACAGGCAGGGAUGGAGAAAAGUCUGUAGUCGGAUUUGGCUGAUUUUAUUACGGGAUUGGUGAGCGCACCGCUGUUUUUCUAAUGGAGUUUUGUAAUUGUUACAACGUGACGAUGGAUACAAAGUGACGUUCCCGCCCUUCCGGACACUUUCAUGGCACAGACAGAGCUGCUCAUCCUCGGGAACAGAAAUGGUACCCAAACUUCUGCUGCGCAUCGUGUUAGCAGCAAGCCUUAUCCCACCUGAGCUGUGUGGUACCUCAAACACCAAAACUUCUCAAGUGAAGAACAACUCAGGUGUGACACCAGCUGGACAAUGUGGGACUUGGGUGAAAGAAUCCAACGGAGGGUAUUUCACCUCCCCCAACUACCCUGAGAAAUACCCACCUGAGAGGGAGUGUGUCUAUAUAAUAGAAGCCUCUCCUCGACAGUGCAUCGACUUGUUCUUUGAUGAGAGAUACGCCAUUGAGCCAUCCUGGGAGUGUAAGUUUGACCAUAUUGAAAUCCGCGAUGGCCCCUUUGACUUCUCGCCCAUCAUCGGUCGCUACUGCGGUGAGGAAAGCCCUGCGUACAUCCACUCCAGCGGGAGGUACCUGUACAUCAACUUUGUGGCUGAUAGUGAGCUGGAGGCCAUUGGUUUCUCUGCGCGGUAUAACUUCACGCAAGAUCCUGAGUUUGAAGAACUUGGAGCGCUUCCAGCCCUUCCAGUCUGUGACUUUGAGCUGAGUGGUCCAGAGGGGUUUGUGGACUCCACUCAGAUAGCCAAGGAGGGCCGGGCGCAGCAGACCGAAGCUGUGGACUGCAGGUGGUACAUCAGGGCCCCUCCAAGAGCAAGGAUCUAUAUGCGCUUUCUGGAGUAUGAAAUGCACAACUCAAAUGAGUGCAAACGCAACUUUGUUGCCAUCUAUGAUGGGAGCAGUUCAGUGGAGCACCUGAAGAACAAAUUUUGCUCCACGGUGGCCAAUGAUGUGAUGCUGUCUACGUCUCUGGGUGUGGUGAGGCUUUGGGCCGACGAGGGGAGCAGGAAGAGCCGUUUCAAGAUUCUCUUUACAACGUUUCAUGAACCACCGUGCGAAGGAGACACGUUCUUUUGCCACAGCAACAUGUGCAUCAACCACACUCUUGUCUGCAACGGCAUCCAGAACUGUGUUUACCCCUGGGACGAGAACCGCUGCAAAGAGAAAAGAAAAGCCAGCAUCCUGGACACGCUGGACAACACAAACCUGACAAUCAUUGGAAUAACCUGCGGUUUUGUUGUCAUCCUGCUCAUCAUUUCUGUCAUCAUCCAGGUCAAACAGCCACGCAAAAAAUAUGUCAUUCGCAGAGAUGAAUUUGACUCAGCGCUCCUCCAUCCGGGUUUUGAGCCUCCGCAUUAUGAACUCUGCGCUCUGCGCCGCGCGCCGUCUGGUGACCUGACUGACGCCGCCCUGGCAGAGGACUUUGAGAAGUUCCACAAACUCAGACGUUCUGAAAGCAAAUGCAUCCGUGAUCACCACUGUGGCUCUCAGCAGGGAAGCAUACACGGUAGCAUUCAAGGUAGCCGUAGCAACCUGAGCCUGAGGGAUGCCACCAUCGCAUCUGACACAGCUGUUCCCCCAAUGUCACCAAUGAUGGCGAAACAGAUAUCGCCGCACCUUUCUCGCCAUAACACACCUGCAGGUCGGCGGAGCGUCCUGGUUAUGAAACACAGCUACUCGCAGGAUGGAGCUGAGGGGUACAGGGCAGAAGACGACGAGGAUGACUUGAUGAUGGACGUUGGUCCUACCACCAACCAGCACCACAUGCACCACCAUCAGCUCCACCCUGGUAUGCCAGGGUUAGACCAUGCAGUUCAUCGUACAUUGUCUAAUGACCUUUAAUUUACUUAAAGUGAGCAUGGAAAUUAAAAAUAAUCAACCCAUGAAAAUAUACAAAAAAAUUUAUAAGAGGAGUUAGCAAAAGCUGAUUAAAGCGGUUAGCAAAAAAGGUUAAAGCUUUUUAAAAUGCUUGUUUUUGAAGUGUGUUUUGAAUUUGUCAGAUCUUCCACAAUUGCAACUUGCAAAACAAAUCUUUCUUCAUAGUUUCAUUACUUCCUCCAUGGCAACCGUGUUAUAAUCAUUUUAAUUACUACAUAGCUUUGGCAGUGCAUCUGACAGAAAGUGAACAAGAAUGUAAUAUCAUGGAAACCACCAAUUCUAAUAGAUUGAAAGACCAUUUCCCCCAGUUUUUGUUCCUUGAACUUUAACUAUAUCAGUAACAUCUGCCUAAUGUACCAGUGCAUCAUGUUUAUAAACAGAUAUCACCUGUGUUUUCUUUAAUCAUACCAUUUUUUCCCCAAAUUUUAUUUAUAUGACUCAAUAAAUUCCCUUAACUUUGAUUGUUAACAAGGCAUUAUUGUCAUUAUUAUUCUGUAUUGAUUUACAAAACGAAUUCACAAACCAGUGUUAUAGACUAAAGCAAAUAAAGAAAGCAAUUGUUUUUACUUGAUGACAUUGAAAAUAAAAAGAAAACAAAUAUCCCUGUCAGUGCCCUUUCUUAAACAUUUAACAUGCUUAAAGAUCAAGGUAUCCCGAAUAACUAAAAAAUAUAUAAACUGAUGUAGCACUGCAAGUAAAAGUACUUCAAUGGUCUGAUGAUAAGAAUGCAUAAGAAUGCAUUGUAUUUCAAACAAGUUCAUGUAUUCUGAACUGUUUCGCAUUUUCUAACCAUCCACUGCAGUAACUCCU